AUGCCAGACCCUCCUAGGAAGGAAUCCGCAUACGGAACCCCUUCCUCAGACACCUCCUUCCGCAAAACGUGGGAUCGCGAAGAAUAUACCAAAAAGGCCGCUGCCGAAGAAGCCAGGAAGAAAGAAGAGUCCAAAGCUCGCUACGAUGCCAAACUAGCGGGGAAGAAAUAUCAUGCGCCCGUCGACUUCAGCGCUCUCGAAGCAACAAGCUCCCGAUCCGACCGACUAAAUGUCGCGUCAAUGGUCGGCAAGACCACUAUUAUUCCCGCAGGGUCCGCCAUAGGCAAAAGAGGGCGUGGAGCAGGCUUCUACUGCCCGGAAUGCAACCUGACCUACAAGGAUAAUAUACAAUUUGUUGAGCAUUUGAAUAGCAAGCAGCAUCUCAUUGCGACGGGCCAGAGUGGGGAGGUUGUGGUAGCUACUCUGGAGGACGUGCGGAAUAGGCUGAGGUGGCUGUCCCAUAAAAAGAGGAUGCAAGAGGAGGAGGACCGGAAAGCGGGCCAAUUAGACCUUGGGGAGAGGCUGAAGACGAGAGAGGAGGAGGAGGCCAGGGAAAGGGAGGAGCGGAGAAGGAAACGGAAUGAAAAGCGGAGGAAGGGGGGAGUUAAACAGGAGGAUAGUUGGGAGGGUAGACUUGGAAUUAUUUCGUAA